GAGAGAUAGAGAGAGCGAGCGAGAGCUAGCGAGCGAAAAGUGAAAGACCGAGAAACCAGCGAAGAAUUCUUCGUGCGCGAUCGCCGACUUCGAGUAGCUUCAGUUGCCCUGCAGAAUUCCCAGCGAUCGGUUCGUGCAGCGGAUUCUCGCGUCGCGACUUACCACCAACCAUCAAAAUUAUUAUUUGCAAAAUAUAUUUUUUUCAAGUUCGGUGCGCAGUGUGAUUAAAAUAAAUAUUUUUUUUUUGUUUUAUCGAGCAUCGAUAUCGAACCCAACACACAACACACUUCCUGGCAUGUCGAGGCAGCAGUUGAAACAAUCCGAAACUCGUGCCAAGUGCUAAAAUUCCACGGAAGUUGACAAGUGUCGCCAAGCGAAUUGCGCAAAAGUAUCGAAAACCCAAAGCAAAUAUUUAAUCUAAUAAAUUUUGGAAAAAAAUUCAAAAUAUAUAUUAAUAACGGACGGACAGGAGUGACAGCGUGAGCGAGACAGCAACAAUGCACCGCACGCAGCCGUCGCUGCCGCUGCCUCUGCCGCUGCUGGCGUUGGCGCUGGCUUCGGCGCUGGCUUUUGCGCAGGCGCAGGCGCAGAAUAUAGAUGCCGGCUGCAGUUUCCCGGGAUCGCCGGCGCACAGCAGCGUCGUCUUCUCCAAUGCGAAUCUCACCCAGGGCACGGUGGCCUCCUACAGCUGCGAGCGCGGAUUCGAGCUUCUGGGACCGGCGCGGCGUGUCUGCGACAAGGGGCAGUGGGUGCCCGAGGGCAUUCCGUUCUGCGUUUUGAACGUCGCCGCUGGCAAGGCGCCCAUGCAAAUUUCCACCGAUGGCGCCGGUGCUCCACAGAAGGCCAUCGAUGGCUCCACAUCCGCCUUCUUCACGCCGGAGACCUGCUCGCUGACGAAGGCGGAGCGCUCGCCCUGGUGGUAUGUGAACCUCCUGGAACCCUACAUGGUGCAACUGGUGCGCCUGGACUUUGGCAAAUCCUGCUGCGGCAAUAAACCCGCCACUAUUGUGGUGCGCGUGGGCAACAAUCGACCGGACCUGGGCACCAAUCCGAUCUGCAACCGCUUCACGGGCCUCCUGGAGGCCGGCCAGCCGCUCUUCCUGCCCUGCAAUCCGCCGAUGCCGGGCGCCUUUGUGAGUGUCCACCUGGAGAAUAGCACACCCAAUCCGCUGUCCAUUUGCGAGGCGUUCGUCUACACAGAUCAGGCGCUGCCCAUCGAGCGGUGUCCCACGUUCCGCGAUCAGCCGCCUGGUGCGCUGGCCUCGUACAAUGGCAAGUGCUACAUCUUCUACAAUCGCCAGCCGCUGAACUUCCUGGACGCGCUGUCCUUCUGUCGAUCGCGCGGCGGUACGCUGAUCAGCGAGAGCAAUCCGGCGCUGCAGGGAUUCAUCAGUUGGGAGCUGUGGCGACGUCAUCGCAGUGACGUCAGCUCGCAGUACUGGAUGGGAGCGGUGCGCGAUGGCAGCGAUCGCAGCAGCUGGAAAUGGGUGAACGGCGACGAGCUGACCGUCUCCUUCUGGAGUCAUCCCGGCGGCGAUGAGGACUGUGCCCGCUUCGAUGGCUCCAAGGGCUGGCUGUGGAGCGACACCAACUGCAAUACGCUGCUCAACUUCAUCUGCCAGCACCAGCCGAAGACCUGCGGCCGACCGGAGCAGCCGCCCAACUCCACGAUGGUGGCCCUCAACGGCUUCGAGGUGGGCGCCCAGAUCAAGUACAGCUGCGAUGCCAAUCACCUGCUGGUGGGUCCGGCCACGCGCACCUGCUUGGAGACGGGCUUCUACAACGAGUUCCCGCCAGUGUGCAAGUAUAUCGAAUGUGGUCUGCCGGCCAGCAUUGCGCAUGGCUCGUAUGGCCUGCUCAACAACACGGUUGGCUACCUGAGCCUGGUGAAGUACUCCUGCGAGGAGGGCUACGAGAUGAUCGGACGCGCCCUGCUCACCUGCGACUUUGACGAGCGCUGGAAUGGACCGCCACCACGUUGUGAGAUUGUGGAGUGCGACACUCUGCCGGGCAACUACUACAGCACCAUCAUCAGUGCACCCAAUGGCACCUACUACGGCUCCAAGGCGGAGAUCAGCUGUCCGCCCGGCUAUCGCAUGGAAGGACCUCGCGUGCUCAGCUGCCUGGCCAGCGGUCAGUGGAGCAGCGCCCUGCCGCGUUGCAUCAAACUGGAGCCAUCCACACAGCCCACGGCCGCGCCCACCGUGCCAGUGCCCUCAUCGGUGGCCACGCCCCCGCCCUUCCGGCCCAAGGUCGUCAGCUCGACCACCAGCCGCACGCCCUACCGCCCAGCAGUUUCCACGGCGAGCAGCGGCAUCGGCAUCGGCGGCAGCUCCACCAGCACAGUGGGCACGUAUCCCAGUCUCAGUCCCACGCAGGUGGAGAUCAACGGCGAAUCUGAAUCCGAGGAGGAAAUCAAUGUUCCCCCCGUGCCCGGCACCGUUCGCGAGGAGUUCCCACCACGACGCACCGUUCGCCCGGUGCUCAUACCGAAGAAGCCGAACAGCACGCCGGCCGCCCUGCCGCCCACCACCCACCAGGUGCCGCCGCAGCCGCCGUCCACCUACGCACCCACACCGCCGCGCAGCUCGCGACCAAGUGGCGUGCCGAACAGCGGCGGCGGCGGGGUGGAGACCACCACGCGGAACACGCAGCAGAUCAUCGCCAACUCGCAUCCGCAGGACAACGAGAUCCCCGACAGCGUCAACAUCCAGCAGAACCAGUCGCCCAAUGUCAAUGUGCCGUUCGCCGUCGACGGGCCCGAUCGCAAGGAGACCAAGGAGGCCAAACUCAAUCUGGGCGCCAUCGUUGCUCUGGGCGCUUUUGGUGGCUUCGUCUUCCUGGCCGCCGUCAUCACCACGAUCGUGAUCCUGGUGCGAAGAAACCGAACCACGCAACACUAUCGCCAUCGCGCCUCGCCCGACUGCAACACCGUGGCCAGCUUCGAUAGCUCCACCUCCGGAUCCCGCAAUGGACUCAACAGGUACUACCGCCAAGCCUGGGAGAACCUGCACGAGUCCGCCUCGAAGAACAGCUCACACAACGCCCUGCGCCGCAAGGAGACCCUCGAUCCACCGAGCAUGACCCGAUCCCGCGACAAUCUGCGCGACAACAUGCAGCGAUCCCGCGAAAAUCUCGACAGGUGCGGCAGGGACAACUACGGGAUGCGGGACGACUCCGAGAUGGUGGUGUCCUCGGUGGUGUCGGAUGUGUGCCUGAAGGGCGAGAAGAAGCGCCACCAUCACCAUCACCACAAGAGCAGCUCCCGCAAUGGCGACUACCGCGACCGGGAUCACUCCUCCGGCAGACGCGAGCACCACCGACAUAGCGGAGGCGGCGGUGGCGGAGGAGGCGCUGGUGGCGGCCACUAUUGACCAACCAUGGUCAUCACCAUCAACGUGGAGCGGCAGUAGCCAAUCGAACGAUAGUGGCCAGCAGCAGAGUCGGCGUAGAAAUCGGACUCGGAUUCGAAUUCGCACAUGGAUUUGGAUUUGAAUUUGGAUUUUGACUUGGACUCGGGUUCUUGGUUUUGGAUUUGGAUUUCGAUUUUGAUUCAGAUUCGAAAAUCGCGAUCUGAGAACUGCAAAGCGAGCGCAACAACGAAACGUUUUUUGUUUAAUUUUAGCAACCGUUUUUUUUUCGCGCAUUAGUUAUGUAAGCCAGAGAUCGAGAAAAGGGUUCGGAAACAGCGUGGAGAAGACUUUUCUGUUUAUAGUGAAAAAAAAGAACAAAAUGUUAAAACACCAGCGCAAGAGAUCCUUUAACUUGCAAGUCAAUACUUAGCUAUAUAAUCGAAUCGUAUGCAAAACUCCGAAAUCUCCGGGGAUUUUAGAAAUAUCUACAUGAGAACUUUUAGGAGAAAAAAUAUCCCAAAAAUCAAUCUUCAAAAACUUGAAUCUCUUAUUGGUAAUUUUGCCUGAUUAUUUGGCUUUUUAUGUGCCGGAGUUUCGGGGAUGGUCCCAUUUAUAAGUAUAUAUGCACUCGUGCUAAGAUUUCGUCCGAACUCGUAUAAUUUAUUCGCAAAGCUUUCGUAAGGUUCUUAGUUAAAUUCUCUCUAUGAAUUAGUUGUAUGUAAAGGCGUGCAAAAAGGGCAACAUGGCGAGGCGUAGUAUUUAGAUGCAAGGCACCACUCCACCCACAUCCACAUCCACCUCCCCCCCGAAGGUCACUCCACCACCCCCCAACCCCCCCACCCCUCACCCUUCACCCAGCAAGCAGAACGCAGAGCUGCAGCCAAAUUAUGUGCAACUUGGUUUCGUUUGAGGUCUCAAGCCAAAUCGACUUGCUCAUAGUCGCAAAUUAGUUACGUAAACACUUACACUAGAUAGAGAACUACCCAUAUCCAUUUCGCAAGAAAAAUUCCCAAAAAAGAAAAUUCAAAAACAAAACACCAAUCGGCAGCAGCAGCAAAUAAGAGAGCAUACUGUAUAGAAAUCUGCACAGGAUCGAAAGAGCAUAUAUUAUUAGCCCCAACUCACCAAGCUACACCAUUCCAUUAUGUUUUUGUACCUACCCAUUAUAUAUCGCCCUGUAUUUGUAUUUCUAGAGUCUUGUAAUUUGUAGAUUUUGUUUUCGAGUGUGUAUCGUCGAGCGCUUAGUUUGCAAUAUUAUUUGAA